AUGCGCAAAGUACACCACGUGCUAGCGUGGUUCAUCGUGCUAGGAUGUCUUGCCCAGUAUACAUCGGGAGAUGUUGGGCUUUCGCCUAGAAACUUGUAUGAAUUACUGAUGCCCAGCAAUAGGCCAUCUUGCGGAGUGACGCCUAUGGUGUUAGCCGCUGACCUAGGCGAGGGGUGCGUAGAUGAAGCCACCAAGGAGCGUAUACACCAAAUUGACAUAGGAACUUGCAAUUUUCAAGAGUGUCCUCGGAAAGCAGUCGACACUGAUAGUGGGACAUAUCGCUGCUGCACGGGUGUCCAAUUUAAGGAUAUACGUAUAAAUUGUAGUGGUCGAACUCGAACUUUUAGGAAGAUAACAGCGUGCGGCUGUGCUGUUUGCUAACCACAUUUCUGUUUCCCUUUUGGAUAUGCCUUAAAACACGUUCUAUUUAAUAGGACAGAUGAGUCCGUGGAGAUAUAAAAUAUAUUUUGUAUUUAUUGU